CCGCCCGCUGAGCCGGCGGCGGGAACAUGGCCGCGGCUACCGCCGCUCCGCUGGUAAUGGGGAAAGUUUUCCAACAGUCCGGCCUGUGUUAGUUUCUCUCCCGCUGCAGGCCCGGCUCCCGCCCUCCACGGCGCAAGCCCCACCCGGGGCCCACCUCCUUACGCCCCCCGAACGCCAAGACGUCCAGGCCCUGGCGAGUGAGGAGGACAGCCCAGGCAGAGCCAGGUCUUCAAAAAUAAGAUUUCAUCUCAGGAACGGGCGAAGUAGGAGCUUACAGAUGUCCUGGAUUUCCUGGAUGCAGUGCAAACAAUUUUUAUAGUGUGGAGAAAGAGCCUUAAUUGUCAGUUUACAUGUGUCGAUCGCUGCGUUACUGUAUUAGUCAUUGUCUCUAUGCAGCAGUGACAAGACUGGAAGAAGUAAAUAGAGAAGUGAACAUGCAUUCUUCAGUUCGAUAUCUGGGCUACUUAGCCAGAAUCAACUUAUUGGUAGCAAUAUGCCUAGGUCUUUAUGUAAGAUGGGAAAAGACAGCAGAUUCCCUAAUUCUGGUCAUUUUUAUACUUGGCCUUUUUGUUCUUGGGAUCGCCAGCAUUCUCUAUUAUUAUUUUUCAAUGGAAGCAGCAAGUUUAAGCCUCUCCAACCUUUGGUUUGGAUUCUUGCUUGGUCUCCUAUGUUUCCUAGAUAAUACAGCUUUUAAAAAAGAUGUGAAAGAAGAAGUGACUAAGUAUUUGCUCCUGACUUCCAUAGUAUUGAGGAUAUUAUGUGCUUUGGUGGAGAGAAUUUGUGGCUGUAUCCGUCACCGACCAACUUUACUGACCACAGUUGAAUUCCUGGAGCUGGUUGGAUUUGCUAUCGCUAGUACCACUAUGCUGGUGGAAAAGUCUAUGAGUGUCAUCUUGCUUGUUGUAGGUUUGGCGAUGCUGAUUAUUGACCUAAGAAUGAAGUCAUUCCUAGCAAUUCCAAAUUUGGUGGUUUUUAGCAUCUUACUGUUUUUUUCUUCAUUGGAAACACCUCAGAAUCCAGUUGCCUUUGCAUGUUUUUUUAUCUGUCUAGUUACUGAUCCUUUCCUUGACAUUUAUUUUAGUGGACUUUCAGUUACUGAGAGAUGGAAACCCUACUUGUAUCGUGGAAGAAUUUGUCGAAGAUUUUCCGUCAUUUCCAUUGGCUUGAUUGAACUUACUUUUUUUAUUCUUUCAGCAUUUAAACUUGGGAACCCUUAUCUCUGGUAUUUUGUAAUACCAGGGUUUUCCAUUUUUGGAAUUUUCUGGAUGAUUUGCCAUAUUAUUUUUCUUAUAACUCUUUGGGGGUUCCAUACCAAAUUAAAUGACUGUCAUAAAGUCUGUUACGCUCACAGGGCAGAUAAUAAUAGCCUUGAUAGAGUAAUGACAUCUAAAGGAAUGCGACAUUUUUGCUUAAUUUCAGAGCAACUAGUGUUUUUUAGUCUUGUUGCAACAGCAAUUUUGGGUGCAGUAUCCUGGCAGCCAACAAAUGGACUCUUCUUGAGCAUGUUUCUUAUCGUUUUACCAUUGGAGUCCAUGGCUCAUGGGCUCUUCCACGAACUGGGUAAUUGUUUAGGAGGAACAUGUGUUGGAUAUGCUGUUGUGAUUCCCACCAACUUCUGCAGUCCUGAUGGUCAGCCAACACUUCUUCCACCAGAGCAUGUUCAGGAGCUGAACUUGAGGUCUACUGGCAUGCUCAAUGCCAUUCAGCGAUUUUUUGCUUAUCAUAUGAUUGAAACAUAUGGCUGUGACUAUUCCACAAGUGGAUUUUCUUUGGAUACUUUACAUUCCAAGCUCAAAGCUUUCCUUGAACUUCGGACUACAGAUGGACCCAGACAUGACACUUAUGUUUUGUAUUACAGUGGUCACACUCAUGGUACAGGAGAAUGGGCUUUAGCAGGUGGAGACACAUUAAGGCUUGACACGCUUUUGGGAUGGUGGAGAGAAAAGAAUGGUUCUUUCUGUUCCCGACUUAUUAUUGUACUAGAUAGUGAGAACUCAAUACCAUGGAUUAAAGAAGUGAAAAAAAUUAAUGAUCAAUAUAUUGCAGUGCAGGGAGCAGAGAUGAGCAAGGUGGUAGACCUUGAAGAAGGUGACCCUGCACAGCUUGGUGACUUUACAAGAGACUGGGUGGAAUACAACUGUAAUGCUAAUAGCAACAUCAGCUGGACUGAAAAGGGGCGUGCCGUGAAAGCUGCGUAUGGCGUGUCAAAAAGGUGGAGUGACUAUACUCUACAUUUGCCAACAGGAAGUGAUGUUGCCAAGCACUGGAUGUUAUAUUUUCCUCGUGUUACGUAUCCUCUGGUGCAUUUGGCAAACUGGCUGUGUGACAGUGACAGCCUAAACCUUUUCUGGAUCUGCAAAGCUUGUUUUAGGUGCUUGAAAAGGUUAAAAAUGAGGUGGUUUCUGCCUGCUGUGCUGGACACAGGACAAGGCUUCAAACUUGUCAAAUCGUAAUUAGGAACCAAAGAUGGAACAUGACAGAGUCUUUUACUAUUAAAUAUGACUAACUUGCCACUUUUUAUAUGUUAUUUUUUUGUGUGGGGGUAAUAUCUUGCUACUUUAUAGUUGCACUGUUUUCUUAAGCAAUUGCAGUAUAUGCAAGGUGUUGGGAACUGUAUUAUUUUAAACUAAAAAGUGUGUGUUUGAAGAAUAACAUUUGUAACCAAAAUUCUCUGUAAAUGUCUAAGAUCUACUAAAUAUGACCAUGCAAUUUGAAGAAAGGUUGCAUGUUCAUAUAUAUUGGAAAAAAACAAAACAAGACUGCUCUGAAAUAAUCAGUGAAGAAUAAAAAUGCCUUAUUUUCUAGGAAGAAACUAGAGCAUGUAAAACAGACUUGUUUGGUUACUAUUUUGAAAAAAAAAAAACUGGCUAUAAAAAAAAAAUCUCUUGCUCUGAAUAGUAUUAUAGACUGAGUUGAGACCAUUGGAAGGCCCUCAAGCCCAUUGUAAAUAGAAAGGAUCCUUCCUAUAAUGAAUUUUAAGGUACAAAUAUGCAAAGCAUGCAGGCCAGUGCCUUCAGUUGCCUUUGCUGUGACCAUUACAGGAUUAGCAAAACAGCAUAGAAUCCAAAACUAGUCAGAUUAGCUGUAAUCCAUGUAGGUACAACAAUAGGCUAAAGGCUAAAUAGAAAUUACUUUUGCAUGCAUUGUUGGUAGCAUCUGAAUAAAAAGACUGGGCAAUUUUAUAGUCCUAUCUCAGGGUCAUUUAACAUUUUCUUAAUGAUGGAAAGUGUUAAAUGCAUACACCUUCCAAACAAAAACUCAGUGUCUUCUUUCAGGGAGUUGUCUAAUUUAAGUCAGAAUAUAUUAAGCAAAAAAGGAUAUUCUGGCUCAUAAGUGCUCAUGUUCUUCUAUUAAAUUUGUUAUUUUUCACCUGGUAAAAAAAUUUAAAUUGUCUAGUUUAAACUGGUUUUCUAUUGUUAUACACGAUGCAUUAUGUAAAAGUAUUUAAUAUUAAGUUGUUUGAAAUGUAAUAAUAUAAGAAAUUUUUAACCACAACAAUGUUUUCUACAUUUAAAUAAGUCUGUGAUCAGUGUAUUCCUAAGGGAUGGUUCACUCUCCACUCUUACUCAAAAACUUUCAAAUUUUAGAUUUCUAUCUGCAAAAUGAAUAGGAUUGAAUUUGGGGGGUUAUUAGCACUUCUUUAAGUUACUGUAGCUCCUCAGAAUUAAGCCAGUUUUUUUUUUUCAAUUUGAUAGAGAAUUGAACCUUUACUUUAUGUCUACCUCUUUCUACCUGCUGAAGAUUGAGAAUCUAGUUACUAAUAAAUUGCUAAAGGGUCAUGGAUAAGUGCAUCCCACUGUCCACAAUGUUUUGCUCCAGUCUACCAAAUUCUGGUUUAUAUAACAUACAUAAUAGUGAAUCUGUCCAGCAUUUUAAGUAAUGUAUGUUAACAUAUGACCCAUAAAUUAACUUAUUUUGCUAAGAACUUAGUGAAUUAAAUAGUGUAAUCUGAAAGGUAAGAAUUUAAACUUUAUAGGCAUUAAAAGCCUGUAGCUCCAAAAAGAGUUAAAUUAAUGAAUUUUUUCAAAUUUCCUAGAAGAGGCUGCAUUAGCACAUUGCUUUCUUUGUUUUAAUUUAGAGAGGGACAUAGUUAAUUAUAGUCUUUUUUCUCAAUCUAUGUAAUAAUAUUAUUGGUUCUAAAAGAGAAAUUUGAAAAAAGAAAAUGUUUAGGACUACAAAGCUUUAUAAUUAUUUUUGAUGCAUGUUCUCUUUUAACCAUUUCUGAUAGGACAGUAAUUUUUUUUUUUGAAGGAAAAAUGGGGCCAGGAAGGAACUCUGGGGAAAAUGUGGCUUAAGCUGUGUGUAAAUGCUAAAAAAUUAAUAAAGGUUGCAUUUUGAGACCUAUACCUACCAAAGUAAAAAUGAAAACGACCAUGUUAAGGCCAACUUAGCUUUGAAUUUGUGAAGGCUUCUCUUGAGGUUGCUAUCCUAGCUGCCAAUGAAUUGUGCACAUGAUUUAUUAAACGACAGUAGCCAGAUUGGGAGUUCUAGGAAAAAUGAAAUAGUUUAUCUCCUAUUUGGCAUUUUACACGGUAUAACUGUAAUGAAACUGAUUUUCACAUUUAUGUGUAGGGAGUAUGGUGGAAUGCCUUUAUUAGCCACAGUCUCAUUACUUUGGUCAUACCACAUGUUUAGAGAGGAAUUAUUUGUAGUAAGAGGCAUGAUUUUUCACAUUUACCAAAAAGAAACAGAUAAUUUGGAUGUAUUUAUUCAAUGGAAAAUGAAUUUGGUUUCAUUUGUUUCCUCAAAGUUUGUGCCUUUCCCGAACCAUAAAAGUAUUUCUGCGGCCAAUUUUUAAAAGUAUGCAGUAUGAAGAUAUAAUAAAUAAGAGUGUGGGUUCUUUCCCCUAUGUGCAGAGUCAUGACUUAUGUUUUAAUCAUUUAUGUGCAAUCAUUCUUUCAAAAAAAGUUGUUUCCCCCAGAUCAAAAACCUUCCUCCUUGAAUUGCUUAGAUCAUUGUUUAAUAGCUUUAUAAGUUAUUCUUAUUAUGUACAUGAUACUAUGAUAAACUUCUAUUUCUAAAGCCCAUUUUUAUGACCAGCAUUUUCUUAAGAUUAUAUUAGUAGCAAAAAUGAAUUUUUUUUUUGUUGUUAAUGGGUGGAUUUGUGUUUGGAGUAAAAUAUCCUUAUUGGAAUCUAUUUAUUAAAUGGAUUUUUGUUUUGUUUGUAAUGCUUUUGCUCUAAAAUACAUUUGCUGUUUUGGAUACUUCCUUAUAUAUAUUCUUUCAUAUUGAGAGUUUGAUGUUUAAAAGUGAUGUUUUAAUAUUACAUUUCUUCAAACUAGCAUUAACUAUAUAAGAAGACUACUAGCAUCCAGUCUUGUUUGUUGAAUGACUGUAAUAAGUAGAAGUGAAUGAUGAAACCAAUGUAAGUAUGGAAAGUCACUAUUGUAUUUAUUCAGCUCUUUUAUACAUUGUUGAAAUUUCGACCAUGGGAAGCUUAUUGUAUUGAAAAUGACUGUCAAAAAAUAAGCUACAGUUUCAUAUGUAGGAAAUAAAAAUCCACUCUUAUUUAUCUUUUUGACUAAGUCUACACAACUGAC